AUACACAUAUCAUGAAACCUUUCCAUUUAGCUAUUUUGAUUGAAAGCCUUACCAUAUCUUCUUGUUGCCACUAGUUUCACAAAUUCGAAGAAAACAAAUAAGAGAGAAGAAAAGGGAAAAGAAGGAAAAGCAAAAGAAAGAAAAAUAAAAAGCUUCUCAUCUCAUCAUCAUAUCAUAUUCAUAUCAACAACAAAAAGUUGUGUACUAGAACAUGCAUGAGAUAUAUAUAGCAAAUUGAACAAAGUUUCAUCAUCAUUGAUCAUGGACUGCACAGAGUCAUCAUCAUCACGCUCUCACUAUCCACAGCUCCCUCCCGGGUUUCGGUUCCACCCCACCGAUGAAGAACUCGUCGUUCACUACCUCAAGAGUAAAGUUGCAUCUAUGCCCCUUCCUGUUGCCAUCAUCGCCGAAGUUGAUCUCUACAAGUUCGACCCAUGGGAACUCCCAAGUAAGGCCGUGUUUGGCCAACAAGAGUGGUACUUUUUCAGCCCGAGGGAUCGGAAGUAUCCAAAUGGGGCGAGGCCAAACAGGGCUGCAACUUCUGGGUAUUGGAAAGCAACUGGAACUGACAAGCCUAUACUAUCAUCUGAUGGGCACCAGAAAGUUGGAGUGAAGAAAGCACUUGUUUUUUAUGGUGGGAAGCCUCCAAAAGGGGUUAAAACCAAUUGGAUUAUGCAUGAGUAUAGGCUUGUUGAUAAGUCUUUUGGUCCUAGCUUUAGAACUACAACUACUCAUCCUCCAGUGCCUGCUCAUCCUUCAAACUGCAACAAGAAGAAUUCCCUGAGACUUGACGAUUGGGUUUUGUGCCGAAUAUACAAGAAAAGCAAUGGUACCACCACCAUGCCAAGGCCACCACUAAUGGAGAAUGACAAGGAGCUUAAUUCAUUGGAGACCAUGGUACCAACAAUGUCAACUUUAUCAAUGCUAAACACGAACCAAAACACCACACCUCCAUCGUCGAGAACUUAUGAACCAGAAGGACUAGUUGAAAACCAUGACAACUUCUUCCAUGGAUACUUAACACCUGAUCAGAGCAUGCAAAAUGGUAACAAUAAUGAUACCAAUGAUGAUAAUAGCUUCUGCGUGAAGCGCGCAAUAGCACCAUCGCAGUUUUUGAACGAGUCGGGGUCUGCGGGGUCAUCUUUUUCGACCAAGCGAUUCCAUGGUGAUCUUAAUAGUGGAAGCAGCAAUACUGAGGAAAACAACAACAAUUCAUUUGUUUCCCUGCUUAGCCAACUCCCUCAGAGUGCAUCGUUUCAUGCAAACGCGAUUCUUGAGUCUGUUGAGGAUGGUGUGAUGAGGCAACAAUUUCAACUUCCCAACAUAAAUUGGAACUAGUUAAUAAUAUACUAGUGCUAUCUUGGCUUAGUUUUUACACACACCCUCUAAAAAUUGAAAAUGUAACUACCAUUAUAGGUCUCUUGGGGUUGGUCUUAGUUAGUAUUUUUUAUUUGACAUGUAACAACAAUAUAAUAUACAGAAAAAAGGAAGAGAUCGUGACCAUAUAUAGACCUAAAUUUAAUUUGAAGUUGAACCUUAAAAUGAAGCACUAGAUUAAAUUGGAUAUAAUCGGAUCGAUGAUCAAAAUCUUAUAUGGGACAAAAUGUUAGAGGGAAGGAGGAGCAGAUAUUUCCAUGACAUUGGGUUGAUUUGAAAGACUUUAUUCAAGCCCAACUUUUGGGAUGUAAAGGGAAAGAAAGAGUGUGAUAGAAAAUGAAAUAAGGGGGAAAAGAACGUUGAGAGAAAGAAAGUGGGAAAAAACCAUUUUGAAUUUUUGAUAAUAUAUAAAUAACCAUUUUGAAUUUUU